GUCGACGGCCUGAGGAGACUUUAUCGUGGGAACGCUGCAAAGAUUGAGAGAUCACCCACCCCUCGAAUGCCCAUGUCGUGUAUAUAUCCCGAAACACGCUACCGGGCCGAUGCGAUGCACACGCCUUAACUCAUGACUUUGGAUUCCUCAUUCCAUGUCCUUCAGCCCCGCUCAUCGUAGAUGACUGCAGACCACUCUGAGAACGGCUCUUGACUUGCCCCAAGUCUAUUUUAGGCGCAAGGCCUGUCUCAGGAGUCUCUUUUCUACCAACGGAUUUGUCCGACUGAAAACACAUCUCCAGGACGACAGGCCUCGACCAGAUCGGCGUCUAGUUUAUUUCCGCGUCGAAAGAGGUCGAGAUGCGAGGUGUGUACCGUGUGGCAUUAUCUUGAGUGUCCGACUGUCCGCGAUCGACCACGAGCGUUUGGCGAACGUGACAAAUAUAUUAUCCGGGCCACUAUAGUCGGGACCAAUACUCGAGUCGCGAGGCUGAUUCAAGAUGGUAUAAGAGAGUAUCGACAACGUUUGGGUCCAGCACCAAUUCCAUCUCAUUUCACUCCUUCUCUCCCUUGUCUGCCGAUUCCCCACCAUGCUUUCCAUGACCACUCUCGUUCAGUUCAUCGCGCUCGCCGCUUUCGCUGCAGCCGCCCCCACCAACGUGACGAUCGCUGAACGUGCAGCUUGCAUCGUCAACAGCGUCGCCAGCUCGAAGAGCCUGUCCGGCUGCACCACUGUGACCAUCCAGCCCUUCACCGUCCCCGCUGGUCAAACCGUGACGAUCGCGGCAGCUCAGGGCGCCGUUGUCACCAUGACUGGCGAUGUCGUCUUCUCCAAGACCACUACCCCCGGCCCGCUCUUCAUCAUCAACACCCCGGGUGUGACCUUUAACGGCGCCGGUCACAGGAUCAAUGUAGACAUUCUCCUAUCUGUUGGCACGAACGGCGGCUCCUUCAAGCCUCACCCCUUCGUAAAGCUCCAGGGCUCGGGUACAUUUGAAUCGUUCACCGUCCUCAACUCUCCGGCCCAGGCCAUCUCUGUCGGAACCACUGCACUCAGCACCAUCAAAGGCGUCACGGUCGACAACACGGCUGGUGCAAGCCUUGGCCACAACACCGAUGGGUUCGACAUCAGCGCGUCGGACGUGACUGUGAGCGGCUGCACGGUCCACAACCAGGACGAUUGUGUUGCUGUCAACUCUGGAAACAACGUGGCCUUCUUGAACAACAUCUGCACUGGUGGACACGGAAUCUCCAUCGGGUCGAUUGCCACUGGCAAAUCCGUCACCAACUUCCGCGCCAUCGGCAACCAUGUCUCGAACUCCAAGUACGGUAUCCGGAUCAAGGUCCAACAGGCUGCCACCAAUGCCAAGGUCUCCGGUGUGACGUACCAGGGCAACGUUCUGACCGGCAUCUCUGACUUUGGUGUGCUCAUCUCCCAGAGCUACCCCGUCGAGGACGGCCCCAAGGUCGGAACUGGCGGUCCUAUCUCCAACGUCAACUUCAACGGCGCUGCGACCACGGUUGCUGUUGGCUCCAGCGCCCUCGGGCUCGUCGUCAACUGUGGUGCCUGCUCCGGCAACUGGGACUUCUCCAGCCUCGCCAUCACCGGCGGCACGGGCCACAAGAUCGCCGCCAACAACGCCAAGAUUACCGGCGGAAAAUUCUAAACUCUUGCAAAAUAACGUUACUGCCUUUGCACCCCACACUCGUUUCCGUUGUUUAAAUUAAUCUGCAUAUUCGCCGAGCGCGGCGGUCGAUUCUUUUGUACCAUCCAAGCUGUGAUUCCAAAAUCGCUCCUAGAGAGCGACUUAUACUUGCCUAGUCAGAUCUUCCAUUACGAACACACGUUAUUCC